UCGCUAAUUCCCUCGUUGGCGCACGUUAGCAUCUCUCCAAGCUGCAUCAUUAUUGGCCGUUGUGCGUUCCAUAAAGGCUUAGGGUUCCGGAUUCUGGGGAGGUGUCGCCACCGCCCUUUACGUUGCUUCUCUUCCUCUUCGUCGGAGAAAGGCGGAUCGUCGAGUUUGCAGAUCAGGUCUUGUGGCGGAUAUGGGUGAAGAAGACGCCGUGGCGGUGGAUCAGGACAGAUUCGGUGGUGGCGAAGAUUCUUUGCUCCGUCAUCGCCAUUCGUCGCCAUUGACGCCACCUCAACAUCUAUCUUCUAAAGUGAUUACAUUGCCUACCGUAUUAACCCUUGGCCGUGUAGCUGCCGUUCCGAUUCUCGUCGCGACCUUUUACGUUGAUUGCUGGUGGGGGAAAACUGCAACAACAAGUAUUUUCAUUGCAGCAGCCAUUACAGACUGGCUUGAUGGAUAUAUUGCUCGAAAGAUGAGAUUAGGUUCUGCGUUUGGUGCAUUUUUGGACCCAGUGGCAGAUAAGCUUAUGGUAGCAGCUACAUUAAUCUUGUUGUGCACUAAACCAAUGGACGCCAUUAUCUUAGGACCAGUUCCAUGGUUAGUGACAGUACCUUCAAUUGCCAUAAUUGGUAGAGAGAUUACUAUGUCAGCAGUAAGAGAAUGGGCUGCAUCUCAAAACGGCAAGCUUUCAGAGGCUGUUGCUGUAAAUAGCUUGGGAAAGUGGAAGACUGCAACGCAGAUGAUAGCCCUAACCAUACUUCUUGCAAGCCGGGAUAGCAGUUUUGAGAGACUAUUACCGUCGGGCAUUGUGUUACUCUAUGUAUCUGCAGGGCUCUCUGUAUGGUCUUUAGUUGUUUAUAUGAGGAAGAUAUGGAGAGUACUGCUAAAGAAGAAGUAGCGAAACUUUCUUUUCGAGCUUUUUGCAUUCAGUAUAUACACAUAGAAUGGAAGACUUGUUCAGCGACGUCUACCUCUCUUCUUCUUGAAGAAAGCUGACUAAUUUCUCUCUCUGGAUACAAAAUGAAAUUAGCUGGGCAAGCACUAUAAGACUCUUAUGAUGCUUUAGUUCUGUUUUCAACUUUGGGCACUGGGCUUGGUUUGACUUUGUAUAAUAUCUCUUCUGAAUCACGUUGCUCCUUGCCUCACACUGAGUUUUAUUGAAGCUACAAGCACGAUCUGAUGGACAAUGAAGGAAAAGCGGCAGGUGCAUUUUCAUUCUAGUUAGAGACUUGCUUGGUCUCAUGAACACUGAGAUAGAUGAAAACAGUUGUUGCCUGUCAUGUAGAUGCUUUUAUUUUAAUCCUUUCCCGAGACAAUAUAUAAAUUAUAUAUAAAACAAAUCUUGGUUACAA